AUGGCACUUUUUAAAACACGGAAGCGAUCAUCUUCACCAUCUUACCUAUCAACCUUGACAAUAUUUGUGUUUAUUGCACUAUGUGUUGUCGGCGUCUGGAUGCUUACCUCCAAGUCGGUAGUAGUGUCACCUCAAACACAGAGAGAUGAGGACAUUGCAGCCCGAACGUCCAUUGAUACCUCUGCAACCACCAAUGAUGAACUCACUUCCUCCCAUGAAAUUGCUGUAAAAGUGGCAGAAAACCUUAAAGACACUGCCUCUUCUGUAUUUGGAGAUAACCCUGGUCAUCUUCCUGAAGAUGCCAUAAAAUCUGAUGAUAAAAAUACCAACAGUGAGUCACAAAAACAGCAUAUGCUUGCCAGCAUGGACUCUCAGCUUUCUGAGGAAAGCUCGUUAACUCAAAAGGAGCAAGUCUCCGUGAUACACGAAGCUGGCGCAGAUAGUGAUGUGAAAAUAACUGAGCCUGAGAAAGUUCAGCAAACUAUCACCGAGCCUUCUAAUAGAAAUAAAAAGGAUGAAAAGAUGGCCGCCGAGGUGGUGGCAAAUGAAGAACAAAGCAUUGGACAGCAGCAAGUUGUUCAAGGCUUUGACACUCGAGGGUCCAAACCAGAUGGAGAUGAUGAAAACAAGGAACAACUACGAGAGGACAAAGGCGCGGUUGAGGCCAAUCAUCUAUCAGACAUGUUACAAAAGGAUUCUGAAGCGGCUUUAAAGGGAGCAGAAGUGUCUGAGAAGAUUGAAAACCAAAAAGUAGCAGAUGUAGGUGGGGAAAAGCAGAAGGCAAAAGCAGAGAAGAAAGGUGGCAAGUCAAAGAAGCAGUGGUCAACGCAAGCUGCCCAGUCACAGAAAGAAAACAAAAGACAGAAGGUUGAAUCCAACAGUGAAGACAAACUUGAAGAUCACACGUGGUACCUCUGCAAUGUCACUACGGGUCAAGAUUAUAUACCGUGUUUGGACAAUGAAAAGGCUGUGAAACAGUUGCGUACUACAAGACACUACGAACACAGGGAAAGACAUUGCCCUCAGGACCCUCCAACUUGUCUGGUGCCACUUCCUCAGGGUUACAAAACGUCCAUCGAAUGGCCUAGCAGCCGAGAUAAGAUUUGGUACCACAAUGUACCACACAAGUUGCUAGCAGAGGUGAAGGGACACCAGAACUGGGUGAAGGUGACCGGAGAGUUCUUGACAUUUCCUGGAGGUGGCACCCAGUUCAUUAAUGGAGCUCUCCAUUACAUUGAUUUUGUUCAACAGGCUGAACCUAAUAUUGCAUGGGGAAAGCACACACGGGUGGUAUUGGAUGUUGGAUGUGGGGUUGGUAGUUUUGGAGGCUUUCUAUUCGAAAGAGAUGUUAUUACAAUGUCUUUUGCACCUAAAGACGAACAUGAAGCGCAAGUGCAAUUCGCCCUUGAAAGAGGGAUUCCUGCUAUAUCUGCUGUUAUGGGUACUCAAAGGCUGCCAUUCCCCAGUCGUGUCUUUGAUCUAAUACAUUGUGCACGUUGUCGAGUACCUUGGCAUGUAGAUGGUGGCAUGUUGCUGUUGGAACUGAAUCGGCUUUUGAGACCAGGUGGUCAUUUUGUUUGGUCUGCAACUCCUGUGUACCAGAAGCUUGAAGAAGAUGUGGAGAUAUGGAAGGAAAUGACCACACUGACGAAGGCCAUUUGUUGGGAGCUUGUGACCAUCAACAAGGAUCAACUGAAUCGUGUUGGUGCUGCCGUUUAUCGCAAACCCACAAACAACGAUUGCUACGAGCAAAGGGAGCAAAGUGAACCUCCAUUGUGUAAGCAAGAUGAUGAUCCAAAUGCUGCCUGGUAUGUACCACUGCAGGCAUGCAUACACAAGGUGCCUGUAGACAAGACUGAGAGAGGAUCCAAAUGGCCUGAACCUUGGCCGCGUCGACUAAACAAAGCCCCGUAUUGGUUAAACAACUCGCAGAUUGGGAUCUAUGGAAAACCAGCUCCCCAAGAUUUUGCAGCAGACAAUGAACGUUGGAAAAAUGUUGUGGACGAGUUGAGCAACAUUGGUAUAACUUGGUCUAACGUGAGAAAUGUCAUGGACAUGCGAGCUAUCUACGGGGGAUUUGCGGCAGCUCUAAGGGAUCUUCCCGUUUGGGUGUUCAAUGUGGUGUCCGUACAUACUCCGGACACACUUCCCGUUAUCUAUGAGAGAGGUCUUUUGGGGAUGUACCAUGACUGGUGUGAAUCCUUCAGCACGUAUCCAAGAUCUUAUGAUCUGCUGCAUGCAGAUAAUCUUUUCUCAAUGCUAAAAGAUAGGUGCAAACUAAUUGCUGUUAUGGCAGAGGUGGAUAGAAUACUUAGACCAGGAGGUAAAUUGAUUGUCCGUGACGAAGCUACCACCCUCAGCGAUGUGAAAACUUUGUUAAAGUCUUUACAUUGGGAAAUAAUACAUGACAAAAUAAAAGAGGGAGUGCUCUGUGCAAAGAAACGCAAAUGGAGGCCUGACGCAAUGGCUUUGUCCUGA